AUGAAUGGUUUAAGUAAACGAGCAGAAAAAAUGUUAGAUGAUCAUACACCUAAAAGAGUUAAAAGAGUGUGCUCCUAUGGAGAUAAAUGCUACAGAUUGAACCCAGCACAUUUGAGAGAGUUCAGUCACCCUCACUUGGAAUCAAUAUUAGACAACUACAAUGGUGAAGGUGAUUAUCCAAUACCAAAGGAACUUCUGCCGCAAAGGCAUCUUAUUAUGGACCAAUUGCAAAUUAUUAAAGAAAAACAACUGUAUAUACCUGUGAAUAGUACUGUACAGGAACAAAAGGCACAAUCAGAAAGCACAGACAAAAAAGAAAAGGAAUCAAGUAAAAAUGUACCAUACAGCAGUUCUGCCAGAGAAUCAAAUAGUAGCAGUAUACCACCAAGUCACAACAUAACAGAAUCAUGUAGUAGUAAUAAAGAAGUAAAAAGGAAAGAAGAAACAGCAGGAGAAAGCUUAAAAGUAAAACAAAGGGAGAAGAGCAAGUCACCAACAAAUCAGUCGGUGAUACAUAAAGAUGACUACCGUCCUAUAAUACCGCCGACUCGAAGACCGGAACAAUUCCUCAAAGUGGUGCUUCCUUCCGGCGGGAUGGCGGCCAAGCAUGCUGCUAGUGCCCCCUACCAUAUUUUCUACACAACUAUAACUGACAGCAGAGAAACGCAUAAGAUGCCUAACUCGAUCACAUUCCUAGAGAUCCUGGACCGUAGUCUGGGUGAGCUGAAGUGUUCAUUGCAGAUCAAUUUCAUGGUGGAAAUUGGAUGGUUACUCGCUCAGUACUAUUUCGCCGGUUACAGUGGGAAGAAGUUAACAAUACUCUAUGGCGAUGACUGCGCAGAUAUGAAGACCAUAAACAAGAAGAAACCGAACGUCGACGCACACUUGGUGUCUAUGGCCACACCCUUCGGGAAGCAUCACACGAAGAUGAUGCUUCUCUGUUAUGAGGACGGGUCGCUAAGAGUGGUCGUAUCGACCGCCAACCUCUAUGUCGAUGACUGGGAUAACAGAACACAGGGGUUAUGGUUCAGUCCCCGCUGUCCCCCUUUACCUGCGGGUGCUAUGCCCCACGACGGUGAGUCCCCCACCAUGUUCAAGCGGUCGCUGCUUCGAUACCUCCACCACUACCAGAUGCCCCAGCUUUCGUACUACGUGGAUUGGGUCAAGAAAUGCGACUUCAGCCAUAUUAACGUGUUUUUGGUGGCAUCAACCCCUGGGUCCCAUUUUGACGCGGAAUGGGGAAUGACCCGUGCGGGCAGUCUGCUGCGGCAGCACUGUCGCGUCCCGCCGCAGGAAAACUCAAAAUGGCCGCUCAUUGCUCAAGCGAGUAGCUUGGGCAGCUACGGGAAGGAGCCGAAGAUAUGGCUGACAGGGGACUUUCUUCAUAACUUCACGAAGAUUAAAGAUCAACCUCAAAUGCUGUCCACACCGGCGGAGUUAAAGUUGAUCUACCCAUCCUUGGAGAAUGUGAAGCAGUCGCAUGACGACCUGCUGGGUGGCGGGUGCCUCCCAUAUGCAGCUGAUGCCCAUGCGAAGCAGCCCUGGCUGAAUGAUUUUCUAUACCAGUGGCGAGCGACCUCAACACAUCGAAACAAGGCAAUGCCACAUAUAAAGUCUUACACGCGGAUCUCACCGGAUAACAAGAAGGCCGCCUUCUUCCUCUUGACUUCCGCCAACGUUAGUAAAGCGGCCUGGGGCUCUCUGAACAAAGGCAACAAGGCCCUCAGGGUCAUGAGCUAUGAAGCUGGUGUGCUGUUUCUGCCCAAGUUUAUUAUAAACGAAGAUCUGUUCCCGUUGGAAGGAAACGCCCAGAACCGCCUCAUUUUGCCUUACGACGUGCCGCCUGUUAAAUACACUGUCUGCCGUAUCAUAGGCGCCAAGGUUUCCACGGCUGGACGCGCUACUGGCCAUAGUAGCGCUAUCCCAGCAUGGAGAAGAAGAAUUGAGGAACGUAUCGCAAAGGCUAGAGCUCUCAUCGGCAGACUGAUAUGCUUCAGAUCAGGCAAUAACAGGCCAAGAAUUGUGCGCACCGUCAGGAUGGCGUUUGCUGGGACAAAUGUUGGUUUGUCCCAGCCGGAUAUAACGCAAAAACUGACGGAGCGCAUAGAUGAUCUGAAGCAAAGAAUCGCCGCUUGGGGAAAGCGGAUUCGGCGAUAUACCGAGAGGUCGACACGGUUCAACCAGUAUCGUCUCUUCCAGAGUGAUCAGAAAAGGCUCUAUGCAUCAUUGGAGCGACCAAUAGUAAGUGGAACGGGCCCAGCACCGAAUCAGGCCGACACUGUAGCAUUCUGGCGCGGCCUGUGGUCAGAGCCCGUAAACCACAGCGAGGGCCCUUGGACGGAAGUUGUGGCGAGUCAGUGUGCGGGUAUUACGCCCAUGGACCCCGCCAUCAUAACACCGGAUGACGUAGCUGAGGCGGUCCGUAGGGCCCCGAACUGGAAAAGUCCGGGGCUUGACGGGCUGCAUUACUACUGGCUGAAGGGGUUCAUGGUGUGUCACUCUGUGCUCGUCCGACAGUUUCAAGAGGCUCUCAACCAGAAAUCGCUCCCAAGCCUCUUCACUACUGGGAUCACUCAUUUGGUUCCUAAAGUCCGGGGUACCACAGACCCGAGCAAAUACCGCCCCAUCACAGUUAAAAAUCGCACACAUAUAGAAACGUACUCGGACCCUGAAACUUCCUUAUCAUCCGAAGAUUCAAACAUAAUAAAAAGCUUACCUGAUCUUUCAACAUUAGUAAAUGAUGAAUCUAUUGAGUUAAAACAAAGAAACUCGGAACUACAGCUAGAACUAGACAGUGCGCAUAUGGAAAUAGAAAAGCUUAUUCUUGAGAAACAAGAACUACAAAAAAGAGGUUGA